UAUUCAAUCACAGGUCUUUCUUUUAACUGGGCCAGUAAUGACAGGCCAGGUGGCAAUCCCUUUAGUUGUCCUAAAGUGCCCAGUGUGCCCUACACCUAGUCAUUAUGCCUCAGAACAUCACCAACCUCCUCCCUAAGCUGCAACACCUAGAGCUUUUGUCAGCAUUAUAGUUGUAUCUUUAAACUGACCCCUGUCUUCCUUCCUUCCUUCUCUUUCUUUCUUACUCUCCGAACAUGUGGCGUUUGUGUGACACGGCUGCUCCAAAAAACGCUCCUUUAAACACAAGCCGAAGCUGCCCUGGUGUGAGCAAGUGAGCGAGCACGGUUCCGUCCAUCUGUUUAAAACAUUUAUCAGCUCAGCAACUAAGCAGACACUUUUCUGUCUGCGAAGGAUUAUUGGCAACUCUCCCUACAAAAGGCUUGGGGGAGAAGCGGAAAUAUUUGGCCUGAAGGGGGAAAAAGAAAGCAAACAAAAAAAAUCCACAGUCUCCAGACCACUGGUCGUUGCCAUGAGACCUGGGAUUCUACUAGCAGUCUGGGUCGUUGUGUGUCUGAGCCUCGUUGUGGCCCAGGAGCAGCAGGUACCACUGGGUCAUGGAAAGAGGAGAAGGUCUGGACAGAGAAGAGCCAAAAAGGUCACCUCCGGUCAGGCAGCCAAGCAGGGGAGGCAGACAGCUCGUAAUGGAGAUGCUGGGGCCGCCAUUUCCUUUAACUCGUACAAGAAUGUUAACGAACAGGAGUCCAACUACAACGUCAUUCCAGGAAGGAGUGGUCAGUGCAAGUACAUGGGCAUCACCAUGUUUGACAAAGCCGUCUGGUCCCCCAAGCCCUGUGUGACCUGCUUAUGCUCUGAGGGCUCCGUGGUCUGUGAUGAGGUGUCGUGUCCAGGCCUGCGAUGCCAAGUCUCCUACACACCCAUUGGAGAGUGUUGCCCAGUGUGCGCUGAUACCGGGCUGGAGGACCCAGACUUCUCUGGCGAGGUCCCGUUAUCUAAUGACCCCAGCGACCCCAGCGAGCCGUGGGUCUUUCGAACGCCCGCCGAGAUCGAGGAGAUCCUCAGACAGGAAGCUGAGGAACACCGGGAGGAAGAGGAGCGUCUUCGCCGAAGAGACGAAGAGAGGAGAAAGAGGAGGAGGCGGAAGGAGAAGGAGGCGGCCAAGAGGAAAGAGAAGGAGCGACUGCAGGCGGAGGCGGAGGAGGAGGAGCGGCUGCUCAGGGAGGAAGCGGAGGCCGCCGAGGAGAGGAAGAGGCGACAGGAGGAGCACAGGAGGCAGGAGGAGGAGAGGAUGAGGAGCAUGGAGAACGAGCAGAAGCUCAUGAUGAAGGUCCUGCGGGAGGCGGCCGAGAGAGCGGCAGAGAGAGCAGCGGCCGAGAAACUAAGGGAUGAGGUGGAGUCGCCGGAUGAGGAGAUUGUUUGGCUGAGGGGGGAUGUAUUUCAGAUGCCACCACUGGAGGAGACCACAGACGGGCCUACGUUGAUCCCACUCGUCAACGAACCUACAGAACCGGCUGAACCCCCCAAUGAGGAAAGGGAAGAAGAGGAAGAGGAAGAGGAGGAGAGAGAGGAAGUGGGAGAGGAAGUGGGAGAGGAAGUAGGGGGUGUUGAUGGUACUAGACCAGUGGUUCAGAUUAUUACCCAAGACGUUCCGAAGGGCUGCACCAUAUCUGAUGUCAUAAUAAACUGUGAGAACGGAAAGCUGACCGCAAUCCCACCUCUGUCUAUCCCAGAGCUAAAAUCUUUGAAUCUAGAGGGUAACGAGAUCACGACAAUCCCGGCUGGAGCUUUCUAUGGCAUUCCUAAUUUGGAGUGGAUAAACUUUAGCAAAAACAAGAUCACAUCCCAAAACAUAGACCCACAAGCAUUUAAGAGCCUGAAAUUCCUGAGUCGCUUGUACAUGGAUGGCAAUCUCCUCGAGCAAAUCCCUGCUGGUCUUCCUUCAACACUACAAGAACUCAAAAUCAAUGACAACAACCUUCGUGAAAUCAAGGAAAACAGUUUUAAAGGCAUGAGCAGCUUGAUUACCCUGGAGCUGGAGGACAACAUGCUGAGUGAGAGUAAUGUGGAGCCCCAGGCCUUUGCACCCCUCACCGGACUCUCCUACCUACGACUAGGCCACAACUUCUUCCGCACCAUCCCUCAGGGACUGCCCCCUUUCCUGCUGGAGCUUCACCUGGAGAGCAAUAAGAUAGAGGAGAUAACAGAGGGAGCUUUCAAUAACACCCACAACCUCAAUGUGGUAGUGUUGCGACACAAUAAGAUUGACGAGACCCGGAUUGCGCCGCUGGCCUGGAUAAAUCACAAGACUCUGGAGUCCAUAGAUCUGUCCCACAACAACCUGUACAUGGUCCCGUCCUUCCUGCCCAAAGCUCUGGUGCACCUGGUGCUGGUCGGCAACCAGAUCGAGAGGAUCCCGGGCUACGUGUUCGCCCACAUGGAGCAGGGCCUGGAGUACCUGUACCUGUCCUACAACAGGCUGGACGGCGAGGGCAUCGAACCCGAGGCCUUCCUGGGCUGCCUGCACUCCAUGACGGAGCUGUGCCUGGACCACAACCAGCUCACAGACAUCCCCAUCGGCGUCAACGAGAUGACCUCGCUGCACUUCCUCAGGCUCAACGAUAACAGAAUCAGGAACAUUGCAGAGGAUGCGAUCUGUGACCCAUUAAAUGAAGACGACUCACACUUGGUGGCAGUGCGACUCGAAAACAAUCUCCUGGACUUGAGAAAAAUCCCAAACACAGCAUUCUCCUGUGUUAGAUCCUACUCCAGUGUUGUUCUGAAGCCACAACAUCUAAAAUAGGAAAUACUGCAGGGAGAAAUGCUAACACCCUCAACCAAAAGAAUAAUACAGUUAAGGGAUUCAUAGCAAGUUAUCAAUGUACAGUACUUUACAUUUCAUUAGCACACACGCACAGAUAUUCUUUGAAAUAUUAAUACUGCAUGGGAGAUCACAGGACGCACUACCACUUACAGUAUACAUACUUGCCAUUUUGUUCAGAAGUCACCUGUGUGUGUGUGUGUGUGUGUGUGUGUGUGUGUGUGUGUGUGUGUGUGUGUGUGUGUGUGUGUGUGUGUGUGUGUGUGUGUGUGUGUGUGUGUGUGUUUCUAUGUGUCUGUGUAUGUGUGUGUGUGAGUGAGUGUGAGUGCGCGCAUGUUCAAAUAGGUCACCACUGACCAAAAGCAGAUAGAAUCGAUUAAUUCUCUGCAUGCUGGCAAAUUAUCACGUGUGAUGUUUCAUAGAGAAUGUUUCAAUUGUGGGAAAAGCUGAGAAUCAAAAUCUUGUUUAUUGUCUGAAACAAUAUGCUUCUGUAUGCAUAUUGCGUGCAUAUUCUGUACCCAAAUUGACCUGUUCUUGUUCUUAUUCACAUAGUACAUGGGAUGAACUCUUGGGACAGAACCUUGGUCCCCAUCACAUCCCACAGCCUGCCGGUCCAGGUUCUUUUAGGCCAGUGAUGCAAGCACUAAGACAUUCUAUGGUCAUGGUUACUCUAUGCAGCUGAAAACUGUUACAGCGCAAUGAAAUGUGUCAACAUGAGAUGUUUGUAACAACAUACAAAAGUGUGUAAUGUAUGAUGCUUUUCAUUGGACAAAAAGAAUGAACGCCUUAUAUUGGGCUUUUUGCCCGGCCUGACAGAAUUUUAUAAAAUAAACAAGAUGAU